AUGGCCGCAGUUGGGAACGACCGCUAUUUCCAUUUCCAUGCCCCCUACGCACAGCAGAAGUACCGCAACAUCUCCUGCUUCUGGGAAACACAACCCUCAGGCUGUGCGAGGAUCAAUUGCGCCUUCCAUCAUAGCAAGCCUCGUAAUAUAAAUGGACUUUUUUUGCCACCUAGUAACAAUGUCCCAUUGCAAGAGGGUGUCCAAGAAGGGAUUCUACAUCCAACCCUUCGUCGAGAAUCACUCAGAAAGCGAGAGAAUAUUUUACCACCAAUUCACCCUCCACUGAUUAUAAAUGUCAACAGCGAAGAGGAUGAAGAGGACGAUGAAGAGGAA